GGUACCUAUAACGGAAGGUUAUAUGAAAUGUGUAGAGGAUAUACUUGUAUGCUUUUUUGUAUAAGCAUAUUGCAUUUUCUGGAAGUGGUGCUUGUGAAGUCAUAUACAAGCCAGGAGGAAAUUAAAGACUUAACCUGAUCUGGUAAAGCUUGUAGACUGUAGACGCAUACUAACUUUUGUUGUGGCUUUGUUUUUCUUUGGGAAUUCCCGACUAAGAUGAAAUGGACUUUAUUUUAGUACAGGAAAGGACAUGGCUUCUUCAACACCUGACAUGUUUGACUUUUUGUUCAUUGUUGCAUCUUUUAGUUCUUUUUGUUGAUAUCUUUGGUGAGAAAAUUUUCUUGUGUUCAUUUUUUUUUUGGUUUUGGGUUGUCCUUGGCCCUGUGGAGUAUGCUAGGCAAAUAUUUUAACUUUUUGCUUAUGGACCUGUAGGAAAAUAUCUGUUUCUGACUGAAGGACCACUUCCUAAUGUUACGGCAGCUGCUAUAUCUUUUCUUCCUAGUUAUUUUUUGAUGAAGCAACUCCUUAAAAAGCUCUGCUCUCCAACUUGAGUUAUAUGGAUUUUGGGGAAAUUUUCUGUUUCUCAUGAUGAAGCAUCAUGAAAUGGUUUAUAGUUGUUUUGGGAUGUUGUUGGUAAAUGAAACCCUUGUGGGAAGGCAGUGCCUUACAAAUUGGGUUUAGAAGAGAAUGAUUUUGGAAAAGUUGAAUUCUAAUUGGCUCAGAAAUCAAUAAAGAUGUGGGUAUUUAUUUUGGUGAUUUAAAAAAUGUUACUUUAAGAAAACAUACUGAGCACAACCUUUAGUUGGAGUUACAAUGUGUAGAAAUCAUCGACUUUUUACUAGACUGCCCUUGAGAAUAAGUGAAUUGCGUUCCUUCCCCCUUGGUAUUUUAGUAAUAUUAUAAGUUGAUAAGUUGCACUUGGAACUUUAUGCUAGAGAAACAUAACAAGUAUGGUCUAACAGGAUGUAUAAUGUCACAUAUACAGGGACUUUGUUAUGUUCAAUGAUUUUUUGUUCCUUGGGUGGUUUCUCAAUGUGAAUAUUUACUUAUAAUGUCAUGUAAAGUAUGUGUAGGAUCAAAAUUGUUAGUUUAAGAGAUUGGUUGGCUGGAUCUGCCUCUGUGAAUAAGCUCUUCACAGUUAAAAUCUUGAUUGUUAUGUUUGUUCUAUCUUGCUUUGGCUGGUGCUUUAUAAUUAUUAGCAGGACAGGUACCUUGUUUAGCAGCCCUGCGCUUUGGCGUGAUGUUCGUGCUAGUUUUUUGUAGUUUAUUUAUUCAUGUAGUUUGGUCUCAAAUCAGAUUGCGGGAUACUGCAACUAUGAUGCUGUAUAUAUAUUGUAUUGCCUGAGUUUGUUUUUGGCAAGCUCUUUCCUCCCCCUUGGAAAAUUAGUUACUUUGGAAAUACAUCGAUUUAUUGGUUGUAUCUGUGCUUGUUUCUGAGUUUGAGGGUCGAAGUCGUAUGUGCUCGGGGAGUGGCCUGCGAAAAGGAGAGGAUUACAAGUCACUAAUUCAGUAAUAAAAUGAGGGAGAGAGCAUAACAGCAUGCGUUCACGAACAGUCUUAGGCAUAAGAAAGAGAAGCUAAUAGCACAACUUCCCUGCUUGACACUUGUUCGUGGGUCCUUGCUGAUAACGCAAGUGCACAAUCUCUGUUUCCCAGGACCUUCUUCCUUAUUGUUUUAUAAUUACCUUUUUGCCCCUUGUGUCAUUAUUUCCCAUACGCUUAAUUUUGAUGUUGAUGCAGCAUGCCAGUAACUUUUGGUUUAGAAAUAUAUUAUAUUACUAUUAAUACAUUGUUAUGAUUGCUGACUAAAUUCCAAAUAAUAGUGAACUGAUAUCUAUUGCAUAUACGCUCAUGGAUGAUGGUUGAUCGACAAUAAGAUGUUUAAUGGCUUUGCAUCUGAAAAUGCUGAACCAUAAUGUUAAACUGACAUUUUCUAUAUAUGUUUUUAUGUAUUUCCAUGCAAAUCAAUAUACCUUUUUUCUCUGAAAGUCGUAAUUUUAAAGUUUAAACCAACACGAUCCUUGCGUUUGUUUGAUACGAACUUCAAUCGCUACUUUCUACCUUUUACUAUCGCAUGAUAUGGUAGGUGUGAAGUCACGGGACUGUUGGCUGAGAGCAUCUUUCAACAAGUCAUCACGAUUAUAAGGAAAAUAAUUGCAAGUCAAUGAAAAAUAAACUUGGUCAAACUAAAAAAAUUUACAAAUCAAUGAAAAAUAAAAUGUUUUACGGGUUGAAAACGCGUAAAGCAUUUUACAAUCCCUAAUUUUUACUUUCAUCUCUCCAUAUCUUCUUCUCUGUCAACUUUGAUCUCUCAGCCCUCUUCAUCGUUAAACGUGUCAAGCAAUUCAUCAAACUGCUGAUCCAUGAUCGCUUCACCAAGACAAUACCCUACGGAAACUUCCAAUUAAAUUGGUGAAUCCAUUUCUGGGUUUGUUAACUCCACCCCAAGUGAAAUGGGUCGUAGACAAACUGACUCAGACUUGCAUCGUUUUACACUUUGGGUCCUUUUCUUGAUAGCCGCAAUCUCUUGUUGCAUGGCCUACUAUAGCUUCUCCGUCUCGUUGAAAGGAAAUAGCGAUACAAUUUUCGUUGGUUCAAGUGAAAGUUGGAGGGGCAAUGAAGAAGAACGAGAAGGAGAUGGGUGUUGCGGGGGAGUUGAGCAUUUAGAGCUGUGGGGUGAUGCAAUGAAAUGGGGAUCAGACUUCAAACUGAAUUCUUCUGAAGAAUGUUGUAGGGCUUGCAAGGAGAUGUGUGAGGGUGACGAUGGUCCUUGUUUGUGUGACUCUUGGGUGUUUUGUGGCAAUAAACAAGAUUGUGGGUCUCGAUUUGGUGAGGUAAGCCAACAUCUCUUUCUCUCCUCUUUAACCGUCAUUUAUUCAAUUCUACGUUUCGUGGCAAUAAACAAGAUUGUGGGUCUCGAUUUUGGUGAGGUAAGCCAACAUCUCUUGCUCUCCUCUUUAACACCCAUUUAUUCAAUUCUACGUUUCGUGGCAAUAAACAAGAUUGUGGGUCUCGAUUUUGGUGAGUGUUGGCUGAAAAAACAAAAGGAUGCCUUGGAUCCUGAUUGGCGAGACUCGGGUGAUAAAGUUAUAUGGACAUCUGGUCUAGUCUUUGGUAAAGGAGAGGGUAUUAUUAAGUUGAAAACCGAGCAUGGGAUUGUUAAUGUUAAACUUUUUCCUGAUUGUGCUCCACAUUCUGUUUACUAUAUUCUUGAGCUGUUGUCAUUACAACAUUGUGCUGGUUGCCAAUUUUAUCGUGCUGAAAGCCGAGGAAACUCUUGGGAUCUUCAAGGAAAUCACAUUGAACAUGCUCCCUAUGGCCCCCCAUAUGCACUAAUUCAAGGAACAGUUGAUGCGUAUGGAACUGUAUUUAAGGAUAUUCCACAAGAGGCUUGCCCCACUAUAAGGAGAGGAUCGAUUGCUUGGGUUGGCUCUGGCCCAGACUUCUUUAUCAGUCUAGCAAACCACCAUGAGUGGAAAAAAGCAUAUACGGUGUUUGGUCAAGUUCUACCUGAAGAUAUGGAAAUAGUGGAGAAAAUUUCGCAGCUUCCAACCAUACCUGAUGUGUGGAGCAAUGUUAAAGUAGCAGUGUUGGAAAGACCUGUUCCUUUACGAUUCAUAAGAAUGAGGAAAAGUCCUUGAGAUGGCUUGUCAUGCUAAAUGUGUUGAUCGGAUCAAUGUGCAGCAGACGGUAGGGAAAGGAUAUCUUCUAGAUUUCUGAUGUAUUAAAUGAUUCACCAACUUAGUUACUUGGAUCAUCUGAGCUCCAUGUUUGCUUUAUUAGUUCGAUAUGCGAAUGAAUACAAAUAUAUACCAUUGUUUUUGUA